GUAUGUGAGCAAUGCGGGAGCUGAAGCGGCUGAAGCGCUUGCAGGGGAACUGACCAGCGAGAUUUGGCAGGAGCUGCAGCAGCAGGGCGUGACCUGCGACUCCGUUGAGAAAGUCGUUCGAGAUCUAGGUGUGCUUUUGCUGGAGCUGGGAAGCAAGGCCUUCCUCUUCGGCCUAGAGAAAUGCGUCGUCGCGCAGCUCCUUGCGCAGAUCGAACAGCGGGAAAUGGUCGCGGCCACCAAGCCUGGCGCAGAGGAGCUCACGGAGCAGUUGGCGGUCCUCGAGAGAAGCCUGGCCACCGUCCUCGCCAAAGUGAAAGAAAGCCCGAAGCUUCGGAGCUUCAAUCUUGUCUCCGGCAAAGCACAAGCCCUGCUUGACUGCCUUGGGAAAGAGUUCGCCGAUCCCACACAGACCGAUGUGGGCAUGUGCUUUGUCAACGAGGCAUGUCUGAGCGUUCCGCUUGCCAACCUUGUGAAGACCUCCUUGGGGAUAGACACCGCUGCCGUUUCGGGCACGAAGGCAAUGCCAGAAAAGCCACGAAACGAUGCUUUUCACGCGUUCGCAAACCGCGGUGCGUGCAAACUGCUGGUGGCGACGAAGUGCGCAGAAGAAGGCCUGGAUGUGGCAGACUGCUCUUUCGUGGUCCGCUUCAGCCGAUUCCACACAACUCGCAACCACAUUCAAGGUGUCGGUCGCGCACGGGCAUCCGAGGCGAAGGUCUACUACUUUGAGAACGAACCACUGGAAGAGUGCAGCAAGGAGGAGAUGAUGUACGAUGUCGCAGCCGAGCCGGACGUGAUCCCAUCAAUGCUGUCCGCUGUGCCGCCGCACCGACGCGUUUGGGAGGGUCUGCACCCGUACAUCAUCCCGGAGAGCCUUGCAGAGGUUAACCUGAAAAAUGCCGUCCCGAUCCUGUCAGAGUAUGUUGCCAGAACUACAUCGGGGAAAGUCCAGCUAAAGCAGCUCCGUAGCGAUUCGCACUUUUGCCUUCCCGGCCCGCGGGGGUGGCUGAAGAUUCCCAUGGUGGAGGUCGAGGGUUUCUUUCCGCAAGAGCGAGAUGUCAAGCCGACCGCUGUUUCUUACUACGUGGGCGUCCUGGUUCUUCAUUGCCGGGGCUGGCUGGACGAACACAACUGUGUCUCAAAGAAGGUCAGUAGAGCGAGCCACGAAGUUGCGUGGCCAGAGCCGGAGGGGGAGCCGGAGACCAUUUCUCUUGGCCCCAUGGUCUUCCCGAAGGGUCUCCUCGGGAAUCUGCCUUCCAGCGACGCCCUGGCGCAGUUUCAGCAGCGCGGCAAGGAGACCAGACGGCAGCACGAGGCUAGCGGCGCGGAGCAAGUCGUCAUCGGCCAGCGAUGGCUCCAGGUGGAUGAAGUCUACAACACACAGGAGACCGUCAACUGGACCUUCACUGACGGGCGAAGCGUCUGGCAGGGUCUCAAGGCGCUGGCACGCCGCGAGGUGGCUUUCGGGGACAUCACGAAAAUCAGGGUGGCGUUGAAUCCGGACGACGGCUGCUGGUACUCUGCAGACAACCGCCGGCUUUUCAGCAUCAAGGUGGUGGGGCCUCUCAUCGGUGUGACAGAGAUCCUCGUGGAUGAGAUCAAUUGGACGCCGGAGAUGAAGAACAAGCUUGACCAGCACGCGAGGUACGGAGAGGUGUGGCGCACAGAUGCUGCUAGCAUCAGUCAAGUGCGCAAGCAGCUGGAGGACGAGCUGCAAAACGGCCCCGCCCCUCUCCCGAGCAGCUCCCUCGACCCGAAGUUGAUCGCCGAUGAGGAGGAGAUCCUGGGAAAGGCGGCAGACCUGGCAGAGACGGAGGAGCUCGCCUCCGCCACAGCGAGCCCGUCGAGGGAGAGCGCGCCCAUCGUCCUGAAGCGGCCGUGCUCUUUCCCUCCGCCGCGGCACCCUCCCAAGGAUCCUGGGUCAACACGGCCAAUCCCGGAGGAUCAUCAAGCUGCUUCUUCUUCCACGGAGGAGCGUCCAAGGAUGCCCCCUUCGAUUCCAGAUCCAGCCGAU